GUCGCCGUGGAGUCGGUGAGGAAGGCCAGGCCGGAGAGAAUCCGUCGCCAUCCUCCCGGAGAGGGCACGGCCGGCCCGCCGUUGGAGACUACGCUCAUGUUUGCGGGCAGCCGAGGAUUGAGCCGAGGCAGUGUGGAUCAGAGGUGGAGGGAACCGAAAAGGCAGCGACGUUUGGAAGUGGUGGCCCCGGUACCGACCCAACUGUAGUCAGUAUCAGACUGGUGGUUAAAGAGAUACGCCUUUCUCUACGAAGAAGCCACCUCAUCUUAGAAAUGGCACUUGCACUUUUGAAGACUUCACCAGUCUCAGCAAAGAGCAGACUGCUCCAGCAAACCAGUUUAUCGCUGUACAGCUCAGCCCAUGGUUUCCAUGAAGAAGCGGUAAAAAAGAAACUCCUACAGUUGACCGGUGGAUCAGUCGACCUUUGCAAAGAAGAGAAUGGGAUUGGAAUCCUCACUCUCAACAACCCAAGUAAAAUGAACGCCUUCUCAGGAGCAAUGAUGGUACAACUUCUGGAGAAGGUGAUUGAAUUAGAAAAUUGGACAGAUGGAAAAGGCGUUAUCAUCCAUGGGGCUAAAAACACUUUCUGCUCGGGCUCUGACCUAAACGCUGUGAAAGCGCUGGGAACCCCAGAGGAUGGGGUCGAGACAUGCAUGUUUAUGCAGAACAUCUUAACCAGAUUUAUGAGGUUGCCUUUAAUAAGUGUCGCAUUAAUUGAAGGAAGAGCAAUGGGUGGAGGAGCCGAGUUGACCACAGCCUGUGAUUUCAGGCUUAUGACUCCAGAGAGCGAGAUCAGGUUUGUCCAUAAGGAGAUGGGGAUCGUCCCGAGCUGGGGAGGAGCCGCCAGACUGGUGGAGAUCAUCGGCAGCCGACAGUCCCUCAAGGUGUUAAGCGGAGCCCUCAAAUUGGAUCCCGCCCAAGCCCUGAGCCUGGGCCUGGCCGAAGAGAUCAUACAGCCUUCCAGCGAAGCGGAGUCCCUGGAAGGAGCUCGGAAAUGGCUGCGGCAGUUCAUCGACGGCCCCCCGGAAGUAAUCCAAGCGUUGAAGACCGUGGUUUCAUCGGGGAAAGAACUACAGAUGGAAGAAGCGUUACAGACGGAGAGAGAUGUGCUGGCUACCGUUUGGGCUGGGCCUGCCAAUUUAAAAGCCCUUGAAAGGAGAGGUAAAUUUAACAAGUAACCACUGUAUUAUGUAAACCAAGAUUUGCGGAUGAGUUCUCCCGGAACCCAGCUACAGCGUACAGUGACGUACGGAAUUCACCCAAGUGGCCUUCGGUACCGACGUUCACAUAUAAUUGCUGUGCUAUAGGAGAAAGUUCUGGGGGUGGUUUGGCUCCUUUAAUCUGUAAUAUAUCAAGUACUUACGGUAACCUUUGAUUUAGGAGAGAUAUGUACUGUCCUGUUAAUUGGAUUCAGGUUUAGUUCUGUACCUUUACCACUUCUUUUACAGAUGAACUCCAUUGUAUUCUGCAUCUUCUCACGGUAUUCUGUUCAGUUUCUAAAUUAAAAUGGCUAUCGGGAAAAAGUCACCAGCUGGGCUUUGUUC